AUGCCGAUCAUCCCUCUUCACCCACGGUCGCUCGCGCCUGCCUCCGCCGCAUCAGAUUCCAACCCGCUUCCCCCCCUCCUCCGCACACCCUCCGGCCUUGCACUGCUCGAACUUCAGGGCGACAUACGCUUCCCGCCCGCAGCCGCACAGUCCAGCACCCAAGUUGGAAAGCUCGUGUUCCCACUAUAUAAUCCUGAUCUGAACGCUGAGGACGAUACGAAGUGGAUGAAGAGGGUGUACUUUUAUGUGGGCAAGAACCAAAGGAUGGCGGGCGAGGUCAAGAGGUUGGGAAAGCCGUUCGCAGUGAUAAGGAAGAGAGAGACCCCCAAUGUGGAGGAUGUGGUCAUGGGAGAUGGUGAAGCGGUAAACGCCGGUGAAGAGCUGGAGAUCGUAGAGAUUGUGAAGUACAAGAUCCUUUUCGCAAUGAGGCCGGAGCCAGUCGGCGGCGGUGUCGAAGAAACAGUCUGA